AUGGCUGUGUCUACAUUUCCCGCAGAAUCUCCCAAUAUUGCCUUGCUCAAUGUCGCUCGCUUGUUCACCCGACUCGAGCACAACCUGCUCUCCCCAGGUACAGACCGACGCUCACUCCAACAAUCCGAAUACCAGCGCAUGCGCGUGAACAAGAAUGUGGAAUAUGCACGCACCCUCUUGACCCAACUUGAGCGGUCCCUCCCACAAUUGAAGCCACUCGACCGCAAACAUGAAGCGCAAGCCGAGAUUGCGCGCGAUAGACAGCUUCUGAAGCGCAUACAAACUAUUCUCGAUGAGGAAGAUGCCAAAGCGACUGCGGAGCAGGAUGACGAUGACAACCUCGAUGAGGAUGACGAGUGGAAGGAAUUGUUCUCGAAGCCUCUUUCUCCAGAGAAUACCACUCCGUCGGUCUCUCAGCCCAGAGACCAAAAGCUGUCAGGACCAGGAAUCAACGACCAGGACAAUGUUCAACCCGCCACCAGCGCAACUAUCACAUCGGCAACAACACAACCCGAACCAACCUCCACUCCCCCAACAAGCACACCGGCACCUCCGACUCUGCGCAACCGCCAGGCCGGCAAACCCUCCGUUGCCACAAAUAAAGCAACAGCAUCAGGAAGCAAUGCCAAGCUCCACGACACAGAAAACGAAUUAAGCACACAUAGAACGGAACAAGAGGAUCUGACCAGCUCACUCCUGACGCUAGCCGCGCAACUCAAAACAUCAUCACAGGCCUUCCAGUCUACUCUGGAAGGGGAGAAGUCUGCGUUGGAUCGUGCAGUGUCUGGCAUUGACCACACGAGUACCAUUAUGGAGGCUGCGGGGAAAAGGAUGGGGAUGCUGCGAAAGAUGACGGAGGGGAAGGGCUUGUGGGGUCGAAUGAUGCUUUAUGCGUGGAUCUUCGGGCUAUGGGUUGUUGCUAUCUUGAUCGUUUACGUUGGACCCAAAUUGAGGUUUUAG